CUUUUAUAUCUGGUUAUCUAUGUUCCUAGACUGAUUUAAGAAUUCUGAUAUACUUAAGAUUUCUGAUUUUCUCUAGUCUCUCAUCAUUACUGCGGAAGUGCGGACCACGGUCUUAGAUACACAAUUUUUUUUUCUAGUACAGUUUCAUUAUUGCUUAAGAAUAUUACACGAUGAGACUAACGGAUUGCUUAAGAGACUUUAAGAAAGUUGGAGAAUUGACGAAGAAGUAUGCGAAUCUUCCAGAUUCGUACAUCAAGCGUAGCAUGGAAAGGGUUGUAUGGAAAACACCUUUAAACAAUCCUCGUUACUUGCCAAGGGCCGUUAAAAAGAAAAAAUAUCAUUUUUCUGACCACAGGCCUUGGACGUUGCCGUUUAGUAGUCAAAACAAUUUUGGAGAUUUAGAGCCAAAAGUAUUUUUGGAACCGAUCAAAGAAUGGUCAAUCUUUAAAGGAGAUAGGGUUGAAAUUUUGGUUGGACCUGAUAAGGGAAAACAGGGAAUUGUUGGACAUGUGAUUCAAGAACGCAAUUGGGUGAUUGUGGAUGGUUUAAAUUGUGAACUAGAAGAAGUUUCUCAUUAUAAAGGGCACCUGUCCAUGGUUCAAAUGAAAGAAAAUCCACUAUUAGUCACUAGUGAGGUAUCAUUAGUAGAUCCGUCUGACUUGCAAGGUUGUUCUGUUGAAUGGAGAUUUACAGAGAGUGGUGAUAAAGUACGAGUGUCAACCAGAAGUGGAAAGAUAAUUCCAAUUCCAUCAUUAGCUAAGCAAACUUAUGAUUACAAGACACCRAAUACUUAUAAAGAAUCUGUAAAAGAUACUACAGAAGAYGAUUUAAAAAAAAUAACUUUUUCACCUUUAUUGAAAACAUUUGAAAUGGAUGUAAUGGAUGAAAUGGGUAUUAAAGAAGAUCGAAUUCCAGCUCCAACUUAUUGGUAUUGAUUGUGAACAAUUCAAGUAGUUUAGAAAUGUUUUAUGUUAAAUAAAUUCAUUAAUGUU